AUGAGCAAUAAGGAGUACAGUUUUGCUAGAAAUUUCUUUUCAAGACCAGAAAAUGAUGAUACUAUCGAACAAUUCAAGAAAGAGUAUAUGACUUCUAUGAAAAAUUAUCAAUUGGCAAUGGAAAGUAAGAAUAGAGAUAUUCAAUCUCCAGCUAGAUCACAUAUAAAUGAAACUAAUAACUAUUUGGUAAAUGGAAGUGUUAAAAAAACUAAAAAUAAUAACAAUAACAAUAACAAUAAUAUAUCGUCUAGAUUAUCUUCAACAGCAACUUUAAGUUCUGAUGAUCAUCAAGAAUUAUUAAUUUUGAAGAAUGAGGUUAAAAGCUUACUUGAUUCAAGAGAUAAAGAUAACUUUGAUAAAAUUAAUUUAAAAGCCUUAUUAAAUAAUUUUGAUUCAAGGUUAAACAAUUUAGAAUCAUUAAUCUUAAAAUCAAGAAAUAACAAUAACAACAACAACAAUAAUAAUAAUAAUAAGUUCGACCAACCCUCGUCAUCCCUACCUUCUUAUAGACCAGUAUCAUCCUAUGAUUCAAUCCCACAAAGUAAAAAUUAUUGGAAUAAAGAUGAAAGCUAUGAUUAUAUGUUAAUGGAUCAACUAAGAAAAAGUGGCAAUAAAUACAACAGCAUUAAUUAUGUUAAUAAAGAAGAUAAUUAUUUUAGGGAUUUCUAUAGCCAUAAGUCUGAUCCAAUUGUUUAUUCACCAACACCGCAACGAAAAUAUAAUUAUAAUCAUAAUUAUGGGCAUAAUUACGAUUACGAUUAUUAUUAUGAUCAUGAUCAUAAUCAUGCACAUUCUAAUUAUAGUCGUCCUAACAAUAGCAUAAAUAAUAGCAGUGGUAGUAGACCGAACUAUCAAAGAAACUCUUCUUUAUAUCGUAAUAAUAUUAACAUUAAUAGUAGCGAUAAGAACAAUAGAAUUGGAAAUGAUAUGACAUAUGAUGAUAUAAGCACAAUAGAUAUUUUAAAUAGAAAAAUUUAG